GGGUUUUCAGAGUUGCAGUGUUCUUUCACUUUUUCAUUCACACUUCUAAUAAUGCGUUUCCAAUAACCAAAACUCUAAGAUCAUCGUGAUUUUCCCGAUAUGUUCGUUAACCUAAUUCCUACAAUCCCUUGUUCCUUUUCUUUCGAACGUUAAAAACAUUGUCUUUUCAUUCUGCUUCAGUUUAUCUUUACCUAUUACUGACAAUGGCUUAUGUUGAUGAGGAUGGUACUUCUGGUUCUGGGGAAGAUUUGAAUAUGUUGGAUGGACACAAACCUCAUCCUGUUGUUGUCUCAUCAGGUUCCGGUGACCGGAAGCGAAGCGGGAAGGCUACCGUUGACGCCAUUGUUGAUGCCAUGAUGGAGAUAGCAUCUGCUUCAAAGAUGAGAGCAUCUGUGAUUUUGAAGAAUGAGGAAAGAUUCUCUAUAAGUAAAUGCAUUAAGGUGUUGGAUGAGUUGCAGAGAGUUGAUGAACGGGUUUAUUUCUGUGCUUUGGAUUUGUUUGAGAAUAGUUCUAGUGCCUGCGAGAUUUUUGUUUCUCUUAAGGGUGAUAAGAGAUUGCCAUGGUUGCAGAGCAAGUGUGGUGUUAUUCCCUCUAGUUGAAAUUGUUUGAGGAAUUGUCUUUAGUCAAGUACAUUAAAGGGAAUUGUACAUUGUGUAUAUAAUUUUGAAAAUUUUGAAUGCUGAUGGAGUAUUUUGCCCUUUCUGUUGCUUGAAUUGCUGUUUUAUGAGAUACUGUAUCAUAAAUGUUGUCACA